AAAGCCCUCCAUGACAUGGCAAGGCUGAGAUGGGAAAUGCCCUGACACGGGAAGGGUUAAUGUGAGAGCUCUUCUCUGUGUCUGAGACGUCUCAGCCGGGAAGUAGGGGCGGGGACACCGCAAGUUCAAGUCCUCAUCCCAAAAAAAAAAAAAAAAAAAGGGAGAGCCAGCCUCUCACCCACUCCCCCUACUGCUGCAGCCAGACUGCCUCCCUUACUGCUAGGUAGAGGCAGGAGCACACAGACAGAGCACAGGGGUCUCUGCAUCCUUAAACCCCACUGAGCCCCCCAUCCAGGGUGCAGACAGCAACCCCUUGCAGCGGUUGUCAUGGUAACCGAGGGAGGCUGCAGACUAAAGACAGUACCUCGACCUCAGGGAGGAAGCUACUGACCCUGCCCGGCGGAGGAGCAAGGGAGAGAGAAGCGGGGGGUCACACAGCUCCCAGGAGCAAAGAAGGGGGGAGAACAAGGGAUCUGACACCAAGAAAGGAGAGCGGAUUAAAGAUCACUCAGCAUGGAGGACGGAUUCUCUCCUUAUAGCAGCAGCCUCUAUGACACCACCUCUCUCUUACAGUUUUGCAAUGAUGACAGUGCUUCGGCAUCUAGCACCAUGGAGGUGGCGGAUCGCAUCGCCUCGCUGGAGCAGCGCGUGCAGAUCCAGGAAGAUGAGAUCCAGCUGUUGAAGUCUGCCUUGGCUGAUGUGGUUCGGCGGCUAAAUGUCUCUGAAGAACAGCAAGCCAUGCAGACUAGGAAAGGACCCACCAAAGCAAGACCUUUGAGCCAAACUUUGCCUCUGAGAAAUGCUGUUAACAGUGAAGCAAUCUUGCCAAAGAAGCCAACUGGAUCUCUCCCAUCCCCAUCGGGGACUAGGAAAGAUAUUGUCCCACUUGGGUCCAAGAGCAAAUCUUUACGUCUCCUCAAUGCGCAUAAAUUAACUAAACCUACCACAAGUAAUGUCAAGAGAACCAAUUCCACAGAACGCAUCUCUACUGGAGGUCGCAGAGAAAGCGCAGGAGAUGCCAAAAAUGCUCGGAAUCGUGCAGGGUCCACUAGCAGCUCAUCCAGUGGCAAAAAAAACAGUGAGAGCAAACCCAAAGAACCAAUGUUUAGCGCUGGGAAGCGCCGUGUGACUCACUGCAAAGAGGAAGGUUACAUAAAAAUGUUUUUGCGAGGACGUCCAGUGACCAUGUAUAUGCCCAAAGACAACAUUGAAUUGUACAAUUUGGAAGCAAAGAAUGAACUUCCAGCUAAAAAACUUAAACUGGAAUGGGUUUAUGGCUACCGGGGCCGAGACUGUCGCAGCAACCUCUACCUUCUGCCUACCGGUGAAACUGUGUAUUUCAUUGCAUCAGUAGUUGUAUUGUAUAACGUGGAAGAACAGCUGCAAAGACAUUACACUGGCCACAAUGAUGACAUCAAGUGCCUUGCUGUCCAUCCUGAUAAAAUUACUAUAGCAACAGGCCAAGUUGCCGGAACAUCGAAGGAUGGGAAACAAUUACCACCACACGUCCGUGUCUGGGAUUCUGUAACUCUGAAUACGUUGCAUGUCAUUGGAAUGGGCUUCUUUGAUCGUGCCGUUACCUGUGUUGCAUUUUCUAAAUCGAAUGGGGGAGGUAAUCUGUGUGCGGUGGAUGAUUCCAAUGACCACGUUCUUUCGGUGUGGGAUUGGCAGAAGGAAGAAAGGCUGUCUGAUGUCAAGUGUUCCAACGAGGCAGUGUUUGGAGCCGACUUCCAUCCAACAGAUACAAAUAUCAUCGUAACGUGCGGGAAAUCUCAUCUUUACUUCUGGACGUUAGAAGGGAAUGCUCUAAUCAAGAAGCAAGGACUAUUUGAGAAACAAGAAAAACCAAAGUUUGUGCUUUGUGUGACGUUUUCAGAAAAUGGGGAUACAAUUACCGGGGACUCUAGUGGAAACCUCCUGGUUUGGGGAAAAGGAACCAAUAGAAUAAGUCAUGCAACCCAAAGUGCCCAUGACGGGGGUAUUUUUGCACUAUGUAUGCAGAGAGACGGGACACUGGUAUCUGGAGGAAAAGACCGGAAACUCAUUUCCUGGGAUGGGAAUUAUCAAAAACUUAAUAAAACAGAGAUUCCGGAGCAGUUUGGCCCCAUACGAACAGUAGCAGAAGGGAAAGGUGAUGUGGUGUUGAUUGGUACUACCAGAAACUUUGUACUUCAGGGCACUUUAUCCGGAGACUUCCACACAAUAACCCAGGGUCAUACAGAUGAACUGUGGGGUCUUGCUGCACAUUCAUUAAAACCUCAGUUUCUAACUUGUGGCCACGACCGGCAGAUUACAUUAUGGGAUUCCACCAGUCAUCGUCCAAUCUGGAGCAAGAUCAUUGAUGAUCCAGCCCAGUCUUCUGGAUUCCAUCCAAGUGGAUCUGUUGUUGCAAUAGGGACACUCACAGGAAGGUGGUUUGUUUUAGACACAGAGACAAAGGAUUUAGUCACCGUACAUACGGAUGGAAAUGAACAAUUAUCUGUCAUGUGUUAUUCGCCAGAUGGAAAUUUUCUUGCUAUCGGUUCCCAUGACAACUACAUCUAUAUUUAUGCUGUUAAUGACAAUGGAAGAAAAUACAGUCGAAUUGGAAAAUGCUCAGGGCACUCCAGUUUCAUUACUCAUUUGGAUUGGUCUGUGAAUUCACAGUAUUUGAUGUCUAAUUCUGGAGACUACGAAAUCUUGUAUUGGAUUCCUACUGCUUGUAAGCAGGUCGUAAGUGUUGAAACAACAAGGGAUCUUGAGUGGGCGACCUACACUUGCCCACUUGGUUUCCAGGUGUUUGGUGUGUGGCCCGAAGGAUCAGAUGGAACCGACCUCAAUGCAAUCUGUAGGUCGAAUGAUAAGAAACUUCUUUCCACUGGUGAUGAUUUUGGCAAAGUUCACCUGUUUUCAUAUCCAUGCUCCCAGUUCCGGGCAUCUGGUCACGCUUAUGGUGGACACAGCAGCCACGUAACUAAUGUAAGCUUUCUUUACGAAGACAGUCACCUCAUCUCUAUUGGUGGAAAGGAUAUGAGUAUCAUGCAGUGGAACGUCAUCUAAGAGACUAAAACAAGCUAAAUUUUCUUGGUUUUGGGAUGUUUUUAAGCUAGAUCCCUGAACGUUUAGGUAAAAAUGUAAAUGAACUCAGGAACAACCCUUCAUUUGUUACCUAGGUUGACCUCUGUGUGUCACUUCUCUUAUUUCGAAGGGGGCCAUGUAUAUCCGUAAUCCUGCAAACUACACUAAGCAUUGUACUAAAAAGCUUGAAACCUGUUUACAUUGCAUUUAAAAGUAAUGUUAAAUGUCUAUAAUGUACUGUAAAUUUAAAUUACAAAGGGCCUUUUACA